CCGAUAAAAGAAGAUCCCGGUAUUGCGGUACUGUUCAUUGCGCCAUCCUGUUUAAUGCUAGCCUGCGUAGCAGGCGCUUGGAGGACCCCUCGCGAGUGUCCCUCGCGCGCGCCCGUUCUCUCUCGCGCCCACUACUUCCAAGCGCCUGCUACGCAGGCUAGUUUAAUGCACGUCAGUAUUUUUAAGACUUUAGAUUAAUGGUAAAUGAUUACCAUUACACAAUUUCUGACAGAUAAUCUAUGAUGAAAUUGGUAGGGUAUCUUUUUCGUUCGUUGUACCGAUCAAUUCGAGGUCGUCUCACGUUUCCUCGCAAAAUUAAAUUAAAUUAAUUAAAUACCGCAAUACCGUGAGAGAAAUUGGUAAAUAACGAAAUACCGUGUCAAAAAUCGACGAAAUACCGAUACCGCAUUUAUUUUCGGUUUUUGGUACCUACCAAUGUCCCUCCUAGCAUGGCGUUGCUCUCCAACUUCGUCACCUUUCUUCAGGUCCGCUGACCCCUACACGCGCUGACCCGUAACGUCCGUUGGAAUGUAUGUAGCGAAAUACAAGCAGCCCACAUUCAAAGUACUUAGAGACUAGCUGAGGCUGAAUUCAUCAUCAUUAAUAGGAAAACAUAAAACUGUUUCACUUCACGAUUUUCUUUUUAAACUUACAUUUCACGUAUUUGUUUGGAUCCCGCUGCAGUUCGGACAAAUGAACGCUGUCACGCGACAACAUUUCCAAGAUUCAACUCUCCUUAGCAGAUGGUAAUUUCGGGUUAUUCUCUUUUUCUGCGAAUCUUUCAUUUUCCUUUCUCUUUUAACUCUAUAUACUUCUAUUUAGGAUGGUUUUGAGCGCCUAGCAAGGCUUAAAGUGGCGUUUACCACGCUAUCCGUGGCCAUAUUGGCAACAGAGAAGUGUUUCGCCGAAGUGGCAACUUAACGGUAAAUAAGGUAACUUUGAACGGUUUUUACAACGUCAGAAUACUUUGGCCGAAAAAUGUUUUUCCAGAAUCGUAAUGUAUAUCCCUCCAAUGUCUGAUUCAUCACUGUGAUUGCUUUCAGCAGCGUUGGACUUUUGAGAAAUUAUUAUUUUAAAAUCAACUCCAACGCUCUAUCUAAUUUAAUAUGCAAUAUUUGAAAAUUUAUUUUUUAUUCCCUUCGGCAGUUUUUCGAUGUUUAUCGAAUGAUAUUGCAUUAAAAGGCCUUUUUCUUCAUCACUGUGUUGUUUUCUCGUUGUUUUGUGUUGCGAUAGUGAUUUCUGAACCGUUUUUUGCGAGAGCUUAUUUUAGGCCUGAUUUUGCUGCUAUCAGACGGAAAAAGUUUGCGGCUCGAUAUUUUUGGUUUAAUGCGAAACUAAAACAAAAAAAAUCAUUUUUGAAUAGUAUUCGGUAACCUCUACUUGGGAGAUAAAAAUCGGCCGAUUUUAUUUUUUAGCCGGAAAUCAUCGGUCGUUUCUUAGGCGCAGGGCCUCUUAAGCUUUGUGUCCGUCCUCUUUCGCUCACACAUAGCAAUACUAACUACAAAAGCAAUAGUGAAUACUCUGGCUCAGGCCGGCUUGCAAGCUUCAUGAUGAUUUUAGUGGAAUCAAAUAUUAUUGUGGGUCUUGCGAGAAUGAAUGUAUGUAUAGUUGGCAAGUAAAAUUCAAUAAUGAGAUUUUAUAUUAUUUAAGCAAUAGGCCAUACUUUCUAUGGGUUUACCGGCGUGAUAACCCACGUGGGAUGUCGGGAGAACACGGGAAAAGCUUGUAAAUCAAGAGCCGAAGGCGAGUGAUUUUCAAGCUUUUCGAGUGUUCUCCCAACAUUCCAAGUGGAUUAUCACGCCAGUAAACCCAUAGAAAGCGUGGUCUAUUGCUUUUAUAAAAUCACUUUUAGUAGAAUGGAGUCUUUUAAGUAAAAAAAAAAAAAUGGUUUUAAUACCGUGAUCAAGUCAUGUCUUCUCUAAAUUUAUCAUAAGCCAAUCAUGACUCACGAUUUUUAUAGCGCUAAACUUUCUCAAAACUCAGUUCAGUCGAACAACAAACAGCAGCACUUCAAAACAAGAGCUUUUGCACUCAGUACAUGAUAACUUAUCAAUGAAAGAAUACGUUCAUGGUUUGUUUACCACAGAAGUAGAAAAUUAAACAUCAGACUGUACGCAGCUGUAUUUUGUUGAGUCGAUCCCUAAGAAUAUCGUGCUUACAGACGGAACUGGCAGCUAUUGUAAUGGAGGACUUCACUCACUUUUUACAAGCCGCAGUGGUUUAAGAUCUGUUUUCUAAACUUUAACAUGAUCAAGAAAUGCUGCGGUAACGACGUGGCUGCAUUUGCGAAGUUGUCGCAUGUAACUUUAUAUCCACGUACAGCGACCAAUGGAAAUAUGUCAGUGGUGGAGAAAGGUUUCUUUGCCGUAGCCACAUAUUGGCGUACGUUAAUAUUUGUCGAUUUGUGAAGUCAUGUGGUUUGAGGUACUUUAUGGCAUCGAUAUCACCGAAUAAUUUGUGCAAAUGUUGGGAAAAACCAGCCCGAAACUCUGACACCUACAGCGGCCGAUUUUGUACCAUGUGAAAAUCAAAAAUGCUAAAACUAUCCUUUUCGUUGCUGGUCGGCACCUGGUUAAGCUUUCCUAGAGACUUUCUACACCAGAAAUCCACACAGUUGUUGACUUUCUCUGCGAUUUGGCAUCGUCGUGAAAUGUAAACUGCUUUCCGGAUUUGUACUUUAUAACUUCUAAAGCUAUGGCAGUAGCGAAUUGUGACGCUCAGUAAUAAAAUGUGGAAACCAAUGCUUUUAAUAUUAAGAAGGGCUGGGUAAGUAACUUUUUGUGCUUUUUAACCUUUCUAAAAUCGUUGCUUGCAGAUCAAUAGCCGGUUUUGUUUAUGGCUCGUGGUACGGAUGCCCUUUUCUUUGGGUUUACCGGUAUAAUAAACCAUAGAUUUUUGACCAAUCAGAUCACGCGUACUAUCUCAGGUAUUUUAUAAAGACAUGUAACUUAUUAUAUUGACUCACUUAAGCCUAAAAUGGUUAUUUUUCUGCUUGGAAAGUCCUAAAAAGUUUCAGGAACAUGAUAUUUUGACAUUUAGUUUGUUACAUGUAAACAAUCAGGACCUUAUGUUGGGCAUUUGGAAUUGAGCAACAUGCAGUAAGCUAUUGUUUGGUGGUCAUUCAGAGAAAUAAUUGCAUUGUUUGGUAUGCUCAAAAGCCCAAUAGCCAACCUUUACUUAAUCGGCUAUAUACAGUGUAGCUUCUGGAGAAGCGACAACCACAAGCUGUAAAUCCAGUACUUUCAUUGCGUACAUUUCAUUGUCCAUACAAAAAAAUACGCAGUGACUUUGUUAACCUCUGCAUCCUGCAUCCUUGAUGCAUAAAAACCCCCAAAGAUGCAAAAUAAUGAUAUUCAUGGCAUUGCAAUCCAAUGGACGCAAAGAUCCAUAAAAAAAUCUGAACAUGUCUAUACUUUGUAGAAAUAACCCGUUUGUGUAUUCUGUGGCAGUUAUUAUGGGGUUUCGCUAAAAGCAAGCCCCCGGCCAGCUUCCCGCGGCCCACGGCCCACGACGGCCCAGCGGCCCGCGGCCCACGGCCCAUGAAGGCCCGCGGCCCGGAGGCCCGGAAGCCCGGUGGCCUAGUCCUGAUUUUCCAUAGCUUUUUUGCACAGAUCUGCAUCGGGUUAUGGCGUGCAAAAUGGACGACGGUGAGUUUGAAUUCGUUUACCAUUUAAUCACUUUAAUCCUUGUUUCUGUUUGUUGCAUGUUGUUCAGAUAAAAAACGUUUUCAUUCCCUGUUCAUUCGUCUCUUUACAGAAACCGAUGGCACAAUAGAGGACUUUCAUUAUCGAACGAUAAGUUAUUUUCAAACCAUACUUUGAAAGUGGAAAAAUCAUAAGUAAGGAGAUAUGUGAACUGCGAAUCUUUUUGUAUACAGAGACAUGUCGGUCUAUUUACAGGAACCCCACCCCAAAAGGAAAGCAGGGCAGAGUUUUUCAAACUAAUAAAGGAUUAAAUUAACUGCAAAAACCGUGGACGAAGAUCCUGCCAGUUGUAAACGUUGGAUCUCUAGAAAAGAGAUCUAAUCAGCCAAACUAUAAAGAACCAAGAACGAGAAGUCCAAAGACUACUGCAAAGCUGAUUUAAAACAACGUAACUGCUAUAAAAAAAACAAUACACGUUUUUUUCAAACUGUCGUUUGAAAAUAACUUACAUCGUUCGAGAAUGGACUUCCUCUCUAUCGGGUUCUGUAAACAGACGAAUAAACAGCGAAUGACAACGUUUUUCACUUAGCAACACGCAAAGAAAGGAAGGGUCGAAAAGGAUUGAAAUGAUUAUUAAAAUGGUAAACGAAUUCAAACUCACCGUCGUCCAUUUUGCACGCCCAAACCAGAUGUAGAUCUGUGCAUGCGCGUGGAUUUACCGCUGGACAAAAAAAUCUGUGAAAACCAGGUCUUGGGCACCGGGCCUCCGGGCCGCCGGGCAGCUGGGCUUCCGGGCCGAGAAGCCGUCGCGGGCCGUGGGCCGCGGGCCGCUGGGCAGAAAAAGAAGGGUCUGCUCUUAGCAAAACCCGUUAUUAUGGCCGUUGUUGAAGGAUGCAUAUUUCUUUUAGCCUAUAGAAGGACUGUAUUUUGAUUUCAGCGACCUGCAGUAAUACAGAGUUUAGGAGUCUGUAAAGCUAACAAGUCAGAUUAACUGUCUGGUUACAAAAAGGCCCAAGCAUUUUCAAUUACAGACGUAUACUUUUUUUUAUCUGGGACUCAAUGUUGCUGGACUGGGACUCAACAUUUUUCACAAGAGGAGUCCCAGGACUUACCAUAACUAUUUGUAACCAAAAUCACUGAAUAUAUAUUCAAGUCUCCAACUUUUGCAUUGAAAAGCAAUACCACCCAAGCAUUUUGUUGCACCAUUCUUGUACUUAUCUCUUUGAAAACAGACAAGUUAUGUCCUUUUCUGACAAUCCCAAAGAACUUUUGUUUAUUUAAGCUACACAGAUAUGCGUGCCAGUUUCUUUGUAUAGCCAUCGGGCUAGCGAUUUUUUGUUCUUAACUUGCCCGACAGGCAAGUGCUGUUUUUUGGGAAAAUUCAAAUCACAGAAGGAUUGUAAUCAAUCCUGCUAAUCAAAAAGGGUUUUGGGCCUAGUUAAAAUGACUUGUGGACUAUAGAACAUGCUAGCUACAGCUUGCCCGAAUGGCAGGCUGUAAAACUGACUUUCUUUGCACCCCGAAUUCUUUAGUGUUUUUUAACAAACGAACGGAAAUAGCUAAAAAUCAAGACCACUACUCAGCCCGACUCCACGAAGACCUUAAAUUUCGAGAAGUCAAGCCAGCCAUUGUUAACAAACAAUGUUUAGUUUAUCAAUUUCAAUGUAACCUGUGCGAUGCAGGAUAUGUUGGUUAUACUCGCGGCCACCUUCACGAACGCGCGUUGAUGGACACAAACAGAAAUCAUCGUCAAUUUGUAAACAUUAUCUUAGCGAACAUAACGCGGACGUACCACCUUUUCUUUCAGAUCAAUUUCACGUGCUCGCUAAAGGUUCUAACAAAUUUGAUUGCCUAAUUAAGGAGAUGCUCUUUAUAAGAAAACUCAAACCAUCCCUAAACGUGCUAGUCUGCUACACAGCCGUUUUUAGUGUCGUUACGCAACGGGGAGGAGCGUUGCGUGACGACACUAAAAACGGCUGUGUAGCAGACUAUAAGCGUGCUGGCGGACUCGAUUCGCGCAAAGGUAUUCACUUGAAGAACUUGUGAUCCUUUGUUAUUAUGAUAAUUUGUAGAGACUAUAGUAUUCAAAUCUUCGCAUUAUUUAUUCAUUUUGCCUUGAGAAUGGUGUCAUGAUGAUACCGAAACGUCGGCUUUUAACGUUAAUAUUCGCUUGCUUAUGUUUUAAGGAAUCGUUAUUGAUCUAGCCUACGAAAACAUCCGUUUCUCCUUGCUCUUCGCCGCUGGGGACGUUUCGCGAGGAGGAACGUCUGCGAAUUGGCGACAGAAAUUCGAUACUGAUGACGCAAAUCAAUGUUUACUAAAUACAUCCGGUAAUCAUGAGGUUCCAAAUGUAAAUUUAUUCAAUUUUAGGUUUCUUCUAGAUUACGAGUAGUCCCCCAUUUUUCCUCAGGGAUAGUAGAGCGAGCGAGCGAAACGCGAGCGUGCUUGAAAAUCACCCCACGCGAAGAAAGGCGACACACGGUAGGGAGAGAGAAAAAUGAGGGACUACAGACAGAGCCCAAGCUUUUAACCCUUGACGGCCGACUGACUUUGGACUGUGAAGUUCGUAUCCCCUUCCAAAUCAAUUAAGCGAAACAUGUAUUUUAACUACCGCUUGUUUUUCAGGAGUUAAUGUGAGAGUUUGGACUGGAGUGCGUAGUUCCUCCCUGGGUGAUAACUUUUGAAUAAGCUUAACAGCCUUGCGACUGUUCUGUUAUUCCCACCUUGUGAUCAGGCAAGACCAUGGUUUCGGUUCUCCACGCGAACCUCAUCAGUUGCCGGGUUGGCUUUCUUCUUAGUUGCUUCUACAAGAGCAACUGUAGUUAUUUGUUCUGUGCUGUUAUUUGUUCUGCUCUAGUUAUUUGUUCUGUGAAUUGUGAUUAAGUCGAGUGUUGAUAGCGGCAUCGCAUUUUUGACAGAUGCUGACAGAUUUCUAUGGAAGAGCCAAUCAGAGUUUUGCGUUGUGAGAGCAACGUAUAAGUUCAAAAGCUUUGGCUCUGUCUGUAGUACCUCAUUUUUCUCUCUUCCCGCCUCGUGUCGCCUUUUCUCGCGUGGGGUGAUUUUCAUGCGCGCUCGCGUUUCGCUCGCUCUACUAUCCCUGAGGAAAAAUGGGGGACUACUCGUAGUCUACGUUUCUUCUGAUCGAUUUUGGUAAAGUGUUGUGUUCAUCUGCGAACGAGCUCCAGCAAAACUCAAAUGCUUGUUCUAGAGAAGACUAUAUUCCACAAAUAUUGACUGCUUUGUUAGAGAUUCAUCGCGUUUACAUUUGACCUUUGUGGCCUUUUGUCUUUUGUCGGUCAUUCGUAAACAAUAGCUAAAACAAUGUAACUGCUCCUUCGACCAAUCAGAGCUUGUGACCGGAUUCUGGACAUAUUUUACGUCAUCAGUAUGGAAUUUCUGUCGCUGAGUCGCAGACGUUCCUUCGCGCGAAACGUCCCCAGCGGCGAAGAGCGAGGAGAAACGAAUGUUUUCGCAGGCUAUUAUUGAUCAAGAACGGAAAUAGAGCGAUUUUAUUAAUUUAUCAAACGGAUAUAGAAGCGCGUGACGCGUGACAAAAAAGUUGUGGCCCGAAAACUUCACUUUCUAGAAAUCAACCGAUACUUUGCCUUGAAGUCAUACCGUAACACAAUUGGCCAAUCGUACAUUGCCUUCUCCAUAUAUUAAGGUUUUCUUUGCCGGGAAACGAAGAGUCGUUGUUUUGAUUUUGUCAUCCAUUGGCUGGGAAAAAAAUAACGAACACUUACCGAAACCAUUUUUUAAGGUCAUACCAAAAUCGCUCUAUCUUUAUUUAAACCUGCUACGCUUCAGCUGUUUGGGGAUUAAAUUCUGAGCUUUUGCAUUGGCACUCAAGGGUGAAUGAUACGCAAACUGAAUGUAGCAGAGGGUAUUUUCUUUCCCACUCAAUUUCUUCCUUCUACCUCUUCUUUCCCAUCUUCAUGUUUGUCCGUCUUUUACUUCAGGGUUAAUGGAACAAAUAAAAAGACAGACAAUAUGCCUUUGAAGGAGCAAGGUAUGGGAAAAUAUUAAUAACUAUUUGCUUAAAAUUAUUCAUUCCCAAUUUGAUACAAUAUUUUAUGUAAUAUGUCAUUUUUAGGGAGGACGUACAGUCAUCCGACAGGGGAGUUUAACAUGGAUGUCGUAGAAGAAGAAGAAGACGUAAACCAUAUAAUAAAUCGCUCUCCUCAGUAUAUGGAGAUUAGUGAAAUUCAAUCCUUUGAGCUGAAACGCGAUGACGUUGCAUUAAAACGAUUACUAGGAAGUGGUAACUUCUGUGAAGUAUAUAAAGCCACCAUGGGGAACGAUACAGUGGCUGUGAAAUCUCUUAAAGGUAACAUCUGCCUUGCGUUUUCUUGCCUCUUUAUACAUGUGUAUCAUCCUUAUGGUAAAGGCUACCACGCUGGCGACACGCGUUCCAAGACGUAUUAAAUAAACGUUUAUAUGUAUAUCGUUAUACUUAUCGUAAUCAUAAUCUUAGAUCGGAAGAGCGUAUGAUCACUCUUCUUGUUACGUUUCUGGACAAUUUGAUCCGAUGAUUUUGGUUAUAUAUUCUUAAAUAAUUAGUGUGUGGUUUGUAUUGUGUGGUCAUUCAGUGUCACCUCAAAGGGAAAUUAAACAACAUCAGCGACAACCUCUACAGCAAUAUGCGUGAUUUAAUUGACCACUCCAGAAAAUACCAUAACAUACCAUAAUGCUCUUUGUUUGUCACCCCAAAUUUUGCUUAAGCAUUGUUUUCAUUUUCUCUUGGGGCCAUUUUAACUCCCAAGAGAAACUGAAAACAAUGCUUAUGCAAAAUUUAGGAGUGACAAACAAAGAGCAUUAUGUUAUGUUGUGGUAUUUCUGGAGUGGUCAAUACUUUUAUACAUGUAUCUUUAUUUUCGUCUCGAGUUUCCGAAACCUAGAUUAUAGUAAUUGUGUGUAGCAUCCAUUGAGUGAAACCAGAAUUAGCUGCUACCUGCUAAAAAGGAUGAUUCACAUUGUUUUUUCGAAUUUAAGGAAGCGCCACUGACAAAGAUAAACAAGAUAUGGUUACAGAGCUGAAUGUUAUGAAAAGACUCAAGCCUCACCCUCAUGUCUUGAAGCUGAUUGGCUGCUGUAGCAUCGGUGGUAAGUAAGUCCCACAUCUCCUGAGUGAAACGCGAUACAAAAAGACAGUUUAAACAAACAAACAAGCAAACAAAAACGAAAAACAAAACGAAACAAGGACAAACAGAGAAUUAAGACAAUUAGUGCAAGUAUUUGAAAUUUGGGAAAUAAAACGGAUAAUAGCUAAGAAUUAAAAAAAAUAUAUACAUAUAUUAUUUUAGUCCUUUGAUUCAUAUGUUUAUUAAAACAAACCAAGGAUUAGGUCGGACUAACAGGAACAAAAAAAAAAAAAACAAAAAAACGAAACCAAAACCAAACCAAACCAAACCAAAAAGGAAAAAAAAAAAAAAAGAAGGUCACACCUCCAAAGACCUGUGCACUGACAUUAAUGAUAGUUUACGCGAACCAAAGGAAAAUGGGUGAACAGCCAACAUUCCAUCAGUUCCUUACUUUAGUUAUUUAGUUUAAUUAUUCAAAUGCAUGACAGUGUAUAGAUGAACUCAAGGAAAUCAGCGAGUGUCUGAAAACCAAACCAAAAAACUCUCCAUUCCAUCACAUAAGUACUCUACAUACUCAUCCAUUCGAUUAGAAUGGAUUCAUUCUUCGAAACGUAUGUGUGUCUCUAGAUCCUGUUCUUAUCGUCUUGGAGUAUUUGCCGUAUGGUGAUCUACUUGGAUGUCUAAGGAAAAGCAGAGGACAUUCAGACAGCUACAACACAGGAGAAAAGAAACCCUCAUCCAAGCUCACAGCGAAAGAUCUCUUGUCAUUCGCAUGGAUGGUAGCUGACGGGAUGCAAUAUUUGGCCACAAUGAAGGUAAGGUGAAGCAAUCUCUUAAAUUAGUGAUAUAUCAUUCACUGCUUAAGUGCCAAACACCUCUCGGGACAGCAGGAAAAGUAUAAUGUUUCAAUUUCGUCCUAAUUAGUGUGGCAAGACAAUGCCAUAUCCAGUUAUUUAUUUAUUUUUUUUUUAAUUUUUCCAGCUUAAUGUGGAAUGAUCGAGCCAUUAAAGGCAUAGCUCCUGUCUCUUUACUGAUCGGGGGAAUAGCAGGCCAAGUAAAUGUUUUCUAUAUUAACGCACCUUAACGACAGUUUAAAGAAGGGGUAUAGAAUGGGACCUCAAAAAAACGUGAGUCCCGGAAAUUUUUAACCCGAUCUCGAAAUCUCUGAAUAGUUUUUGAAGGGUCUCGAAGUCUCGUUUUGGAGUGAUCUUGGCGUCUCAGAGUCUCGUAUUUGUCGUUUUUUUUUUUCUAUUCGUUCGGAAAUUUUAGAAGUAUAAGGUCUCUGGCUCUGAUUUAAAAAAAAAGACGCGUAGGUCUCGAUCUCGAAUUUUGAAACCAGGGUCUCAAAGUCUCGCCUCAUGCAUUCUCGCAAGGUCUAACUGCUAGAAAGUUGGAGGGAAAAAAUGAAUAAUGAAUAUAAUUCCCCCGCCCCCCGUCCCCUUUUCUGCUCGUAUUCGCCAUAAAAGUUAACAAACUUCACAUACGGUUGGGCUGCUAGGGAGGUUUUAAAUCUAACGUAAACAUAAAUAAACUUUCAGGUAAUCCAUCGUGAUUUGGCUGCCCGUAACAUUCUCGUUGGCGAAAACCAAGUGUGCAAAAUUUCUGACUUUGGACUGGCGCGUGAUGUACGUGAUGGCAUUUAUAUGCGGGCAUCUCAGGUAGUGUUUUACCUUCAUGUGUGUAAAGUGAAAAGAAUUGAUCCGUUAAUAGAAGGGUUUUGUAAACAUUUAUUUUCUUUUGACAGUUGUUUUGAUUGGUUGGGACCAAAACAUCGAUUUUUGCCUUGUUCGCACGUAACUGCUAAUGGUCUUUUUUUCCUUGCAAAGGCUCGUCUUCCAGUCAAGUGGAUGCCUCCAGAGUCUCUCUUUUUCGGUGAAUGCAGCACUAUGAGUGAUGUGUUAGUAGCCUCUUUUGAUUUCUUCCGUUUUGGCUGUCGGACCUCUUUGUAUCUUUCCCCUGGUAAACCACUGACAUAAUUAUAUAAUGCCAGAAAAUAUCUUCCCUUUACAUGGUGCAAUGGUUGAAUUAAUUAAUUGAAUAAUUACGUUAAGUCAAAAAUGCAAGAGCUGGGCAUUUUAUAGGGGGUUUUCUUGGCCGCUGAACAAGGUGUAUGAUCACAGCGUUUCCUAAGCUGCAGAAGGACCGCCUGAUCGCAGGUUAAGAGUUUCUGUUCUCAAGCCGUUAUACAUUUUUUGAAGAAGUACAUUUGUAUAGAUUUGACGCUGGACUUCCUCGCUUUCCCUGACGAGUUUUAAAGAGAGUCUAGUAGGUUUAUCAACAACAUUCGCAUUUUUUUAAGUUUAACAAUAUCAUGAUGGGAGCAUUCUCACACCAUCAAUGAUGCCUCUAAGAUUGAGUAUAGUAAUUAUCAUUAAUAUAACAGAUCCACCAUCACCACUACCAGAAUCAUUAUCAUCAUCGUAAUCAUUAUCAUCAUCAUCAUCAUCAUUAUUCCCAUUACCAUUACGAUCCUAAGUGAUCAUUAUUGUUGUUAUUAACAUUAUCUUUUUUUUAAAUUGUGAUUUUGAUUGUGACUGUGAUUGUCAUUAUUAUCUUUUCGAGCUUUAACGUACAUGCUCUCAGAAAGUAUAUCUGUUAUCGAUUCAUUUGAUUGGUUGCGAGGGGUAAAUAGUUGUGUUAACGAGUGGCACGGUAAGAUAACUCGAUGGACUGAAUGUCUGUCGGGAUCGAGAUUUCAAGAUAUAAUGGGGAGUCCAACAAUAAUGAGGAUUCUAUAAAGCGAUAUUUCACCGUAUAUACUUAUAAAAUAAACAGGUCAAAUUGUUUUUGUUUUCGUUGAUGAUUGAUCGAAUAGGCCAUUUCCGAAUAGCUCCAACCAUCUGUGUCAAAACGAGGCUAAGUGCGAAACCAUUGAUAUGUAAGGGGUUGUUUCUUCUCGUGCAAAUGAAACAAGAAAGGUUUUGCACUUAGCCUCGUUUCCAAAGUGAGGGUUUUUUGGAACUCGGAAAUGACCUAUUGUUUGUUGAUACGUUAGAUGAUGACUCCCAUCCCUCGGGAAGUAAAGCCCCAAAUAGCAGGAGUGCGAUAAUUGCGGUGGUUAAUAUAUCAGUCAACCGGAAGCUUUAUUAUUUCUUUGCGGCCCGUAAUCAGGUUAUCCGUUAUAGCGAGGUGUCCUUUCAAUGGGACGCAAAUGUAUUAGUUGAAUCGAUCGAUACAUUGUUUAGUUGCCAGAUCAAUUGAAUUGUUCGCUUAUUACCCCUUGUUUUUGGUGAGAAAACGCAUAGAUGAAUUAGAAUUGUGCUAUUUUCAGGUUUUCUGUUCUGACCGAAUGCUGGGCUGAGAAUGCUAAAGAGCGCCCUUCAUUCCAAUGGAUCUGUACUGCUGUUAAGAGGUUAACCAAGGACCAGAAGGUAGAGAGGCCGGGUACAAUUACUAAAGAAAAGAUUAUCCGUGUAAUAUUUAUAAAGUAACUUAAAGUUAAAAUGCCAAUGACCAUGCAGCAUUAAAUAAAUUAGUAAUGCCCAGCACUAUCAAGACCCAUGUUAGGAAGCUGGGAAGAGAGGGACGGGUUCACAUCAAUAAAGGAUCUUUAUUUCCCAGGUUCCCUUUAUAUCCCUCCUCCCUUGAAGACAUUCUAUGCAGAUUACGCUAUGUUAAUUAAGGAAGAUCGCAUUCUUCACCAAUGGCGUUUUCCUCUUAUUGCUUCUUUAAAACAGGUCCACAUCAACCUUGAUGAGUAUAAUGAUGAAGAUUACGUCAAUUUUGACAUGUUUGAUGAAACUCUCUAA